GCCUGCUCGACCGGUAUAUGUGCCACCACCUCAGCUCAUACUGCCCAUGCAGCAGCAGCAGCAACAGCAGCAACAGCACAUAUCCUCACCUGUCUUCCGAACCGACAUCGCCAGCGCAGAUAUGAGUGAGGCGGCACCAUCAUCUCAGGCAUGUUCCUGUCCGAUACUCGAUCCAUGCAUUCUGGAGACAUUGGCACUUCUACAAGGCUCAUUAGGCCUACUUCGGGAACUCAGCCAACAACAACACAAUGAAGACGCCCAAUUAUCGGCACUCCUCGCUCAACCCUGCCGACUGAAAAUGACCAUCAUGGACCUUUUGCCCCUCUCCGAAGAGUGUGAAGGCACAGAGCGCGCAUUGAGCACCCUGCUGCUCCGGCGGGACACCUAUCGAUCUACGCCCGCAACCCCCGACCUGUGCUCCUAUGUGCGCUGUCGACUAGAUGACCUCUUACUGGACCCCGUAGAUGCACUGGCACCAAUGCAGCAUUGUCUCAGUGUACUCCUCAACAUCCUCGACUUCGAUACGCUCGAAUUUCGAGCCCAUUUGCGACGAAUGAAGACUCUUUCCAACGACAACGACAACACCAACGAUAUCGACCUCAUGUGUCGCGCAUACGAUCAUUUGGCCAAAUCUACACCUAAAGUCUUUCGCUCGCAGUUUGGCGAGAAGUUGAAUAUGCUCGAAGCUGCUGUGGAAGGUCUGGCGGAUCAAAUUGCGCUGGCUGAUGAUGUCGACGCUGAUAAUGAUGAUGAUUUUGAGACUUGGGCUUCUUCAUCACAUGGGGAAAUUGUCGAGACUACUGCUGUGGCUUCGACAAAACGCUUUUCUUGCACAGUUGCCAAACUCAUCACUAUUCCACGCUCGACUGCUUGCGUAUGAUGUGACCCACAUCAGUUACGGGGUGGAGCGUAUGCCGAACUGAAGUUUAUGGCGACCAAACCUACCUACUUUCCAUGGUACCUUACUUUUGACAUCAUGCAGGGCUGCCAGGCCCUACCUUACCUACUUACUUAAGGACGAGCCCUACCAGUAUUUAUCCAACUGCAUACAAGCAUACAGCAUCCCAUUGGAAAAGCGGGAGCGAAAACUGUUUAUUUGCACAACAGAAUUUGGAAGCAACAGCAACAACCAUGGCCACGAUGCGAGCGUAUCUCACGGUUUCUCGAGGCGCUCACAAGCAACAAUCCACCAGGACACUCAGAGAAUAAAACAAGGUAUCCAGGAUUCAAACUUUCAAGAGGUCUGCAUUUGACCUACCUACCUACCUACCUACCUACCUACCUUACGAAGGAGAGAGACAAGGGAAAGAAAGAACUUCAGAUAGACGAAAAGGAAUUCUUCUUCUUUUUCGCUAGAUCAAACAACCCUACCUACCAACCCACGAACCUACUAGACACCUUAUGCUGGACUAUCCCAAGGAGAGAACAAACCACCCCAUCUCGACUGACUGACGAGUCCUCGUGUCUUGCGAAGAAACUUGGUACCAGUCUCGGCCGAGUACUUCUUUUGCUUUGUGGGCAAAGAAUCUUGGGGUUGAUGUACCUACCUACCUGGGUUAGGGAAAUGGGAUGGGAUGGGAUGGGAUGGGAUGGGAUGGGAUGAGAUGGGA